AUGGCUGAGGCGACCACCACCCCCACUGAGGCGCACACUCUCCUGAACGAGUAUGGGGAUUACCACAACUGGUCCGAGCUGUUCCACCUCCUGAACUACACCUACACCUUCUGCGAGUUCAGCCUGGAUGAGAACGUCAAGCGGGUGAUCCUCUUCAUCCUUUACCUCGUCAUCUUCGUGGUGGGCUUGGUGGAGAACCUCCUUGUCAUCUGGGUCAACUGGCAGACACGGGGCAACAGGAGCUUGGUCAACCUCUACAUCAUCAACAUGGCCGUCGCUGACCUUGGAGUGCUGCUCUCGCUGCCCAUCUGGAUGCUGGAGGUGAUGCUGGAUUACACCUGGCUCUGGGGCAGCUUCCUCUGCCGCUUCACGCACUACUUCUACUUUGCCAACAUGUACGCCAGCAUCUUCUUCCUCACCUGCCUGAGCGUGGAUCGCUAUGUGUCCCUGACCAGCUCCUCCCUCUUCUGGCGUAAGCACCAGCACCGUGCACGCCGCAUCAUCUGCGCCUGCAGCUGGGUCUUGGCAGCAACGAUCCCGUUCCUGGAGGUCGUUCACAUGCAGCUGGUCAAUACCGGAGAGCCCGUCUGCAUCUUCAUGGCCCCCUUCGAGACCUACGACGAGUGGGCGCUGGCGGUCAGCUUGGCCACCACCACCAUUGGGUUCCUCAUCCCCUUCCCCAUCAUCACCGUUUUCAACAUUCUGACAGCCAGGUUCAUCAAGCGCACCAAGCCGGAGAGCAGGAAGCACUGCCUGCUCAUCUACGCCUAUAUCGCCAUGUUCCUCAUCAGCUGGCUGCCCUUCCACAUCACCCUCACGCUGCUCACCCUCGACGGCAACCACAUCAUCCUCCACUGCACCUUCGCCCACUUCCUCUACUUCUUCUACGACAUCAUAGACUGCUUCACCCUGCUCCACUGCGUGAUCAACCCCAUCCUCUACAACUUCCUAAGCAAAAACUUCCGCAGCAAGCUCAUCUCCGCCGUGGUUAAGUACAUCCCCAAAGACCAAGGCAGCCCAAAGGGCGCAGGCGACUCCUCCAGCACGCAGCACUCCGUGGUCAUCACGAAGGACAACAGCCCUCCCAAUUAG